AUGAGAGCUAGAAAAGGCAAUUUAUCAAUCGUGAUUUUUUUGUUUGCCGAGGUGUGGCUUAAACUGACUCGGUAUGCACGAGGAAGGGCAGGUGGAAGAACUGCGAUUCGUGCAUUCAUUGACACUUAUCUGGAUGACUAUUUGGAGUUCACUGGUUUUGUUCCACCAGAUUUCCGUUAUGCUAUUAACCAUCUACUUCGUAUUCGACAAAGAAAAGCCGAAUUAAUUGCUGAUAGAAGACGUGAAGGAUUAAUUGAUGUACUAAUAAAAUCUGAAAUCUACAGAGAUAUAACUGAACCGGCGACAAGAUUCAAGGAACUUAUAGCUAGAAGGUUACCUCAAGAUUUUGUAUUGGACGCAGAGCAGUUCCAGAACCCUAUCUACAACAACGCUCUUGAAACUCUUCGCCCUGUCCUAACCAUCUAUCCCACUGACUACCGCUUUCGUGGGAAUAGCAUUUAUUACGAUUCCAAAGCAAGACCAGUUGAGCAUAUGCGGGCUUUUUAUGAACUGGCUUUAUCAUUUAUUGAUAUAAGAUUACCUGUGUUUAAUUGCUUUCCAUUACGCCGCUCUUGGACUCCUUGCUACACAACCAUCAAUUCAAAAAUUCUUUGUCAAAACAUUCUUGGUCGUCGGUGGACUAAUCGUCAAGAUAAGAUAGCGCUUUGGCGUGAAGUGAUUAACCCAAACUCUAAUGCACUUAAACACCAAGAAAAUGGCGAGCUCCAGUUUAGAGGAACUAUUUAA